AUGGGUAGGGGAAAGAUUGAGAUAAAGAAGAUAGAGAAUGUGAAUAGCAGGCAGGUCACCUUCUCGAAACGGCGAGCCGGGUUGUUGAAGAAGGCAAAAGAGUUGGCGAUUUUGUGUGAUGCAGAGGUUGGUGUUAUGAUCUUUUCUAGCACUGGAAAGCUCUAUGAAUUUGCCAGCUCCCGCAUGGAGCAAAUUCUUGCCAGAUAUAAGGAGGGGCCAGAAUCUUCAGAACUUGCUUCAAUUGAGAAUGUAAUGGAGGAAUCGGAGCCUGAGGUAAAUGCUUUAAAAGAUGAAGUCGCCAAGUUAUGGAAGGCGCACCGGCGGAUGAUGGGCAUGGAACUAGAAGGCUUGAGCUUCGAGGAGUUGCAGAACUUGGAGCAUCAAUUACAUGAAGGGAUUCUAUCUGUUAAGGAUAGGAAGGAGCAAGUACUGCUGGAGCAGCUUGAGAAAUCAAGAUUGCAGGAACAAAAGGUAUUGCUGGAAAAUGAAGCUUUGCGUGAACAGAUUGAGGAGCUUCGACGCAGUUCAACACCAUAUCGUGAGCACCUUACUAUUGCAAAAAAGAAUUCUAUUGCAAGUUUAAGUGUGAUUUCUAAUAGCAUAUUGGAGAGAGGAGAUUCUGAUACUUCAUUACGCUUAGGGCUUUCAAGAGAUUAUUAUCACAAGCGAAAAAUACCCAAGAUUGAAUCUUCCUCCAGUGAUUCGGGUGAUAAAGUGGGCUCGCAGUGA